GGUCUCCGCGCGAGGACGCGCAGCUUGACUGUGUUGUUGACUGAUAGCUAAAUAGCUAAAUUAAAGUAUGGACUCGUGUGAAAGUGAGGAUUUGGAAAAGUUCCUAACGAACGUGGACCGUAUAAGUGAGCUGGUGAAGGAGCUGAGCUCUGGUGAUGUGGUCACUCAGGAGAAAGCUGUGGAGAAGGCAGAUUGCCUGGUUGCCUCAUUGGAAGAAGAGAAAACGAGCAAACGUCCCAUCAACAGGACAGUUAUUAAUCCCAAUCCCUCAUGUGUGAGCAGACCAGUGAAUGCAAGUUAUGUACCCAGUGAAAGUCCAGAGAAUUUUAUGAAAGCUUUAGAAAAGGAUGCAGAGGAGAGAAGAAAGAGGAGACAAGUGAAAGAGAAGCAAGCAAACGUCUUAAAGGAGAAAGGAAACAAAGCGUUUGCCCUGGGAGACUAUGAAUUGGCUGUCAAGGUGUACACAGAAGGUCUAGAUCAGCUUCGUGACAUGCCAGCCCUUUACACAAACAGAGCUCAGGCUCUUAUCAAGCUGAAGAAGUAUAAGGAGGCUAUAAGUGACUGCGAAUGGGCCCUAAAGUGCAGCGAUAAGUGUAUAAAGGCAUACGUCCACAUGGGAAGAGCACAUCUAGGACUAAGACAUUUUACUGAGUCCAGGCUGUGUUAUGGAAAGAUAUUGGAUAUAGCACCAGAGCGUGAAACCCUUGUAAAAGAUUAUCUGACACAAGUGGAUUUGGAAGAGAAGAAGGCCCUUCAGGAAGAAACAGCACUCAGGGAGUUGAAAGAUGGAAAAGAAGGAGCCAUGGCCAUUCCUGACUUGCUGACAAAGCUGGACAGACUCAAUGAGCACAGCCUCUACUACUGCGGUGGAGUGGAGCUUCUCACACAAGCUGUUACAGACAGUACUGGGCAGACGUUAUUCCGAUUAAACAAUGGCUUUGGUGUCAUCGCUGGCAAUAACACUAUACGGAGCUGUCUUGCACAGACUUUUAAAGAGCUUCACAGCGAGGAGCUAUGUGUUUCUGUCCUCAGAUUAUGGAGAAAGGUUUGCAGCGGAAAUGAGGAAAAUCAGCAGCUGUUACUGCAGUGUCUCAGCACAAGAGAGCAGAUUGUCCAGUUGUUAACCUCAACUUCAUUAGCAAUCCAGCAGGAAUGUUUAACUCUAAUCUGCAUGUGCUGUCAGACCCAGCAUGGGAGACACUUGGUAAUUGAAAACCUCGAUCUGCUCAGAAUGGUAGAGUUCUUGAUGGACUGCAUAUGCAAAGAGGACAAAUCAGGAACCACGGCCCUCGCUAUUCUGGAGAACUUGGCUGGAGAAAAUAAGUUUAGAAUCCAGUUUAGAGAGAGCAUUACAAACGUUUUUGCUCCUCCUUUUGAGCAUUUGCUGGAAAAUGUUGCAGCAUCCAGCCAAAACUUGCUGCCCUGCUUAAUUUCCGUGAUUGGUGCCAUGUCUCUGGAUGAAGUCAUUAUCAACAAGCUGGCAAGCCGUGAAGAAUUUUGGAAGAGCUCGUUCUCUGCCAUGGGGCAGUGUGCUAGCUGUGAAUACAGAAGUAUUCUCUAUCCUCUCCUGGGUCUGAUGAUCAACAUAGCCUCUAAUCAAACUCCGGUCAUUCAGGAGUACGCUGUUGUGAGCUGUAAAAGAUGUGUAGCUCUGCUCAGUGAUCCAGAUGGUGGCAUCAUCACGAGAGCAGCGGGAUUGCUAAGUGUGGUCCUCCCAAAAUCAGCUGCUGCCACUCAGGAAGUUGUGCAGCAAGGAGUAGUAAAGAAACUGCUCAAGAUUCUCAAGGGAGAAGGGCAGGCGAGCUCGAGAUACUCAAUUAAAGCUCUGGCAGUGUGCACUGCCUCUGGCCAGCAGGCCUGUGAAGAGCUGGUGAAGCUUGACAAGAGGCUGGUGACCAUGAGGAAGCUCCUGGGCAGCAGUGAUGAGCUGGUGGUAGGGAAUGCUGCUCUGUGUCUGGGAGACUGUUUGGCGGUGCAGGGAGCUGCAGCCAGUCUCUUGGGCACAGAUUGCGUGAUGCUCCUGCUGCGCCAUGUGGCUGGCAAAGCUAAGAGAGCUGACGUGCAGAAGAACGCUGCCAUCACUUUGGGGAAACUGUGCAAAACCGAGCCCAGGCACAUAGUGAAGCUCAGAGAGCUCAAUGGUCUGGAGAUCCUUCACUCCUGUAUGAAAUUGAUCACGUAAGCCCUUCCACUUCAUGCAGACACACCCACACGGACGUUGGAUUAGUAUCCUGAAGAUCACAACUAGAACAAUCUUCUUGAUCUUAAAGUGAGAAACCUACACUGCACUAGGACUAUUACUUUCUUUUAUUACUCAGUUCUUGCCUAUGUUCAUUUCAGUUGCACAACACUGACACUGGUGCACUAGAUUACAUGCAGCCCAAAGACAUUCCAAAUGGCUGACUUUGCAUGUUUGUUCAGUUUCAUUGCAAUUUCUUCUGUUUGUUGCCAAAAUUGAGAAAUAAUUGCUUUUUUCUAUAUGGAUUUUAAUAAUAAAUAAACUUGGAUGUUUAUUGUAAAGAAUUGGAAAACCCGCACAAUAUAUGGAAAUGCAUAGGCAUCCUGAAAACAAUAAGCCACACUGGAGAGUUAGGUAAAAAAAAAAAAAAAUUAAUUAGAUAUCAUUUCAGGCGAACUUAGACAUACUUGUAAAGAAUCACUAAUCAGGUCAGCACCUAGUUUACAAACAUGCCAUUAGUGUUAUAUAGUUUGGUCUUUACAGGGUAUUAAUUUUAAUUCUUAAACUUCUCAGUUUAAGUAUUGGUUCCUAAAUUUUAAAUGACAUUAAAGCUGGUUCAUGAAAAUGAAAUGCGUUGCUGUUUGUAACUCCAUGCCUCCAGUAAAAUUUAACCAUACCUCAGGCUCAGUCAAUCUGGGAACUGAAGAGCUCAUGAGUAGACCUCUGGAAUAACUAGCAGGCAAUGAAUCUAUUUAAUAAUGGAUUAUGUGAACACAUAUCAUUGCAACCUCAUGCAAGCUUUGGCACAAUUGGGAAAUAAUAAUACUUAGAAGGCACAUGAUUACAGUGAAGAAUUCUUCCACUGAUCCAUUUUGUGUUGUUCACGUGUGGGUAAAUUAAUCGAAGUAUAAAUGAGCCAAGAGCAAGGCAUAGCUUUCAGGAUGUUAUUAGUCAUACAACAGAACAAUAGACUGACUGGGAUUAUUAUAACAGUGUUUAUAUAAGCAAAGAUUUGUUAUGUUCUUCUUGCAUAAAACAGUAGCUUGAUAAUUGUGGAGUUAACUCU